AUGAUGAUUCCGCUUGAUCUGAUCAUCCAACACUGGAAACUUUUGAAAAAGUAUGUUCCCUGUGCCGUGGGUUUGCGGGAACCAGGCAACCAUCAUACUGCUCUGCUCGGGAUUCUCUGGAAGGCGUGUCCGUCAAGCAACAAUUCUCUUUUGUUUCGCGUUUAUCUUGAAAAUUGGUGUUGUAGUUGA